ACGCGCGGUGCGCGAUGUGCUCUCCCGUGAUAUACGAAGGAUUUCCGCCCUCUCUGUUUUCCUUCUCCCGAUAUUUAUUCCCGCCCAGUCGCCCAUCCUGGAUGCUGUUGCUCGACAUGUUUCCAAGACACUCCCUGAAAUCCCACAAGAGACGCUGUCCUCCGCAGUCCCUACUCCGUCCGUAUCUUUCCCCCCCAAGUGGAACAUCGCUGUCGUCGAGAUGCAGUUCAAGACGCCCCUCGCCCUGUCCCUUCUUGCCAGCUCGGCAGCUGCCACAGGCAACCUCCAUGACCAGUGUAUCGUAGGCUGCCUCCAGCCCGCUCUUGCCCAGCUCGGUUGCAGCGUUGAUCGGGUAUCAUGCCUUUGCCCCAACCUCGAUGCCAUCUUGCAGGCUUCCGGGAUCUGUCUCUCGCAGACCUGCAGUCUGAGUCAGGCCCAUCUUGAUGCCCUCAAGCAGGAGGCCACCGCUCAGUGCAGUGACCCCGGGACUUCGACGUGGACUUUGGCCUGGACUUCGACCGGGACUUCGCCCGGGAUUCCGACCAGUGUUAUCCUGACAAUGGCGCCGGUCUCCCACCACAUUAGCAAGUCUGCUUUUAGCAACAGAACCAUAGCCGUCCAUAACGGCACCACCACCACCAGCACCGCCGCCACCGCGUCCAGCAAGUCGUCCAGCAAGUCGUCCAGUAAGUCGUCAAGCAAGCCGUCAUCAUCCGCCGCCAGGCCCAGCGCCACGGCCACCUCGGAAGCCAGCUCUGCGUCUUCUGCCCCCGCGCCAACCAAAACGAACGGCGCCGGGCGUGCCAAUUUUGGCCUGGCCGUGCUUGGUUUCUCAAUCAUGGCUGCAUUCAGCCUCUGAGACCGACCAGGCUAUCGAUAUGUCUCGAAGGAAGGGUAGGUAGGAAGAAAACGCAGGAUCCAUCGCGAGCCAAGGAUGGCCGGUGAUUUUAUCUCGGUAAUUCGGACUAUGUAGCUGUCUCUAAUCUGGUCUCAAAUUGGCUUUGUGGUCGGCGGGCAGGACUCCUUCGGGAACUAGGGGGAGCACAUGUCGUGUACAGUUAAAAUAGAUCCUCACGGCACUAGUAAGCACUACGUAGUAGUAGGUUUUC